AUGUUCUCGCAAAGCGGUACAAACACACCAGUGCCAUCAUCAAGAAAUGUGCCAAUUCCGAUACACGACACCAUAGGAGAGUCGAUAACAUGGAUCAACGAUUGGUUCUCGCCUGAUUUUAAUCAUGCUGAUAAAGGUGAAGAAAUACAGAAUGCCAACUCAUUGCAAUUGAAAGGAUGGGUCAAGACGAAUCAAAAUCACAAGUCCAACACGUUAAGGAAUGGGCUUAAUUCGUACAUUGAGUUGAAUCAGAGCAAGUGGCUGUAUUUGAAGAAAGAGACAAAACAGGAGGAGACUCAGGGGUUUGCAAAACAAGAGCAACUUCAGGAGACGCCACAACAGGAGGAGGCACCACAGAAUGAUGCCACACAUCUGGAUGCUCCAAAAAAUGAACAAUCUCAGGUAGAUGCAAAAGUGGAGCAAUCUCAGUUGGACGAUAAACAGUUGACUCUAUAA